GAAAUUGAAGCAGUAGAUGCCUGUAAAUGGUUAAGAGCUACCGGAUUCCCACAGUAUGCACAACUUUAUGAAAAUGGGCAGUUUCCAAUUGAUGUGUCUGUAGUAGAAAAAGACCAUGACUUUUUGGACAAGGACUCGAUUCACUCACUCUUUAGGAGACUUAACACACUGAAUAAAUGUGCUCUUAUGAAAAUAAAUUCCCAUCCUAACAAAAAGGGGAUUGAAGAAUCAGAUGAAGAUGAUCUUUGUGCUUUGAGUGACCGGUGGGAAUUUCAAAAAGAUUGCAGAAGAUGGUCCCGUAAAGUUGUAGAUCCAGUUGCACCUCAAGAAACAUUUAAAUCCUGUUCUAGUCAUGAUAGUCUGUUGACUGAUCAGGACAGCAGCAGUCAAGCAGAUGACAGUCCUGUAUUAGACAGCAAAAUGCCACAUGAAGGACCUAAUUUGCAUAAUAUGUUAGAUCAUCAAAAUUCAAUUCUUGAUUCUGGAAACAAACCAUUUAUUGUCAGUCCCCGAUUAAAACGUGCAGCCAGUGAAAAAAUUAAAAGUGCUAAAAACUUACUGAAGAAAAUGGAAAGCUUAAAAAUGCGGAAAGGAAGGAAAUUUAACCAUGGUAAUGUUGUUGAAAUAAGUGGACCAGUUGUAGCAGAUCAUAAUCACAUGCAAGAAAAAAUUCAACAUUUAAAUUGUGUAGAUAUAGGUCAUAAUGAAGCGGGUCCAGAGCUCAUAAAAAAAGACAAUUUCAAGUCUGCUGAUCAAAAGAUGAGUGAUGAUUCCAUCUUAAACUCUUUUGAAAAUAACAAUACUGGUUGUGAUACCAGUACCAAAUCUUUACCUGAUUUUAAGUUGAACACUUCUGCAGCUUUUAAUGAAUACCACACAGCUAUGUCACAACUUUCAAAAACAUUUGACUCAGCUGAUCUACCGGGUAACAGAUUUGCUAGUCAUAAAAGUAACCAAAAUCUAAUAGAGAUCUUUUUUUUACCUCAAGACCACACUCCAGGAAAAUUCCCCAAGGAUAUUCGAAAUGGUUACAUUGAUUCAGAUGAUCACUGUGGCAUCAAUAAUAGACCAGGUAGCUAUAGUGCUGAAAGUGAUUCCUUUCAGGAUCGUGUUGAUUCCAUCAUCUCUUUUGGUGGUAAGCCAAAUGUAAAUCACCGUCGACAUGUAUCUUUGGACUCUAGUUACCCUGGAAACCGAUUUAGUGUGUAUGACAAUUUACUGGACUCACUUGACGACACUGAUGAUGGUGUAUCCCAUCAUAAUGUUUCUGAAGAUAAUGUAUCCCAGUCCACAAUGGAUAUAUCUACACCUAGUGCUGAGUUAUCUAAAGCUCAAAGAGAGUUAGAUAUCAUAUUACAUGAUCUGUUUGAAAAUAUUAAUGGAUUGAAUCAAACUAUAGAUUGUCCAAAUGAGGACAAUAGUAUGGAUGGUGACAAUGAUAUGAUAAGCAAUUCCUCAUCCUCUGUGGCACCAAGUGAUCAAGACAUUCCCAAUGAAGAGAAUUUAGCAGAUGAUUUCAUUGAAAGCUCUGAGAAACGUGAACGACGUGAUUCUGGAGUUGGUUCAUCUCUUACCAGAGCACCUAGGAAAAAAAUCAGAUGGCACAGUUUCCAAAAAUGUCAUCGUCCUAGUUUAACAAGUCGUGAUCUUCAGAUUAACAGUCUAACAGUAAGACAGUUUCAAGUUUUGCGGAAAAUGUCGCUUCUUAAGUUAACUGCUUUUAUGGAAAAAUUCUGUCCAACUAACAAAACAACUGGUUGGAAUUGGACAGUACCACGAUUUAUGAAACGAAGUAAAACACCUGACUACAGUUUACAUAGUGUUUUUGGUAUACCACUUUCACUGAUACUUCAAAGAACUGGGCAGCCCUUACCACAGUGUAUUCUGUAUGCUAUGAGGUAUCUACGUCAUACUGCUGAAGAUGCUGUAGGGAUUUUCCGUAAAUCUGGUGUAAGAUCCCGAAUUCAAAAAUUGAGAGAUGAUUUGGAAGAAAGACCUGAUACCUGUGACUUUAGUGAUCUUCAAGCCUAUGACGUGGCUGAUAUGUUUAAACAGUUUUUCAGAGAACUGCCAGAAUGUUUAUUAACUGUGAAACUUUCUGAAACAUUCAUUAGUAUAUUUACAUAUGUACAAGUUAAUAUGAGAAUGGAAGCUAUGCAAGCAGCCAUUAUUUUACUGCCAGAUGAAAACCGAGAAGUUCUGCAAGCAUUAUUGUUGUUUCUUAGUGACAUAGCUCAGCAAUCAACUAUCCAUCAAAUGACAGCCAGUAAUCUAGCUGUCUGUUUUGGUCCAUCUUUAUUCACUAUUGGUGGUUUGAGAACAAAUUCUAGCACACCCAGUCCGAAACCAAAACAUCGUAAAAAUCUUGGAGUACCAGAUGCCAAAGAAUUGAUAGAGCAGAAAUCAGCCUUAGAAUGUUUGACCUAUAUGAUUAUUGAAAGUAAAAAGUUGUUCAAGAUUCCACCAUGGACUUAUUCACGACUUAAUAUAUCCCAUGAUAAAAAUGAACCACCUCAAUUAGAAGACAUGUAUUCACAUCAGAAUGGCAAACCUGAUGUCCGAACAUUUGGUGAAGAUUCCAUCCAAAUUCUUCUGAAGGAAUCACAUGAAAAAAAUAGAGGCUGGGUUUCUUCUAUAAUACAGAAUGGUGUUGAUAUUAGUUUUAAAAAGUCACAUGAUACUCAUCCAUUACGAGAAUGGAAAGCAACAGUCGACAUUGAAGCUCCGCCUGUGGAAGUUUUGAACAGACUAUUGCAUGAAAGACAUAUUUGGGAUGAAGAUAUGUUAAGCUGGGCAGAAGUGGAACAAAUUUCAAAAAAUUCUGAUGUAUUUCAGUAUAUUUCUAAUAGUAUGGCACCACAACCCACACGCCACUACUGCAUUCUGAGAUAUUGGAGAACAGAUUUGUAUAAAGGAGCAUGUGCAUUAGUAUCCACAUCAGUAGACCAUCCAGACAUUACCAAUACAAAUGGUGUAAGAGCACUAGAUCUAACUUCACAUUUCCUGAUUGAACCAUGUGGUGCAGGAAAAUGUAGAAUGACACAUUUAGCUAGAACUGAUUUGAAGGGACGUAAUCCAGAAUGGUAUAAUAAAACUUAUGGAUUUAUCAUUGCAAACUAUAUUGAACGUAUUAGAGACUCAUUUCAUCAAAAUAUGGAUAACAGUCCAGAAACAAAUGUUUAA